AUGGGUCGCAAGAAGAUUCAAAUAAAACCCAUUAAAGACGAAAGAAACCGUCAACGCAAGUAUGGACUUAUGAAGAAAGCUUACGAACUCAGUGUUUUGUGUGAUUGCGAAAUCGCGUUGAUUAUUUUCAAUUCAAACAACAAGCUUGUUCAAUACGCGAGCACGGAUAUUGAUAAAAUUUUAUUGAAAUACACGGAGUAUAAUGAACCUCAUGAAAGUAAAGGCAACCACGAUUUUGCCAAUACUACAGAGGACGAUGAUAAUCCUCCGCCAGGAUUUGAUACUACCAACGAUCACAAGCGAUUCGGUAUGCCAUCUCCACAUCAAACUUACCAAGCAGCGCAAGUUCCUGGCCCGUAUUCUAUGGGUAAUUACGCAAUGUUCACGCAGUCUCAGCAUCAACAAUUCAUGACCCAACAGUUUUAUCCUCAAAUUAAUCAACAAUCUAUGGAUGCUAUGUCUCUGCCGAUGACUAAUGUAACCCUUCAAGUGCCUGUUAGCGUCGCACCUAGUGUGGCUGUUAAUGUACCUACAAGCAUGUCAUCGCCUCAGCUGCCAGAUUCUAACGCGUCAAGUCUAACCAUGUCACCAACUCCAUCCCAAAUUGAGGCUUCAAUUAAUGGUGACAUCUUAUCUCCUUCACUCUUAGCUUCAUCUCCAAAGAAACCAAAACUUCGUGUCCAUAUUCCUGAAACAAACGAAAAACAGGGCGUUCCUACAGCUCAACAGACGGUUCAAGCUGAUGUAUCACCAAAUCAAGAUGAAAUACCUUCCGAUCCGCAGCAAUCACUAACAUUACAACCUACAUCUCGUCCUACUCCGACAACUGAUACGGGACCAAAUUCUGGCUUGACAUCACAAUUCUCUCACAGUUUGCCGUCGCCGUCAACAUUCUUCUCAGAAUUUUACAAAACAGCUGAACUACCUAGUCCGAUUACUUUUAGCAGUACACCUACUAGCGCCAAUCCUGGAGCAUUUCAUUGGCCAAUUCCUCGGAAUUAUCAACAUCAACCUUCACCAUUGGCUAAACAUGAAUCGAAUUCUAAUUUACCAAAAAACCGACCUAUACAGACGGAUGAAGAAGAAAAUAAUGAGCCUGAAAGGAAAAAGAUGAAACAAUAG